AACGCUUCAUUCGAUGCAAUUCACUAUCCCUGACAGCAGCCAGACAUGGAACUCCACCUGAUGUUAUUUCUCUGCGUGGCAGUCUGUUCAUUUACGGGAAAGGAGGUUGCCGGAAACGCUCCGUUGGUAUACUUUAAAGCAUCUCUGCCAAAAAGUUUGAACGCCGGUUAUUACUACUUUGGAGUUGGCAGCAUCAUCCCAUUCAGCAGCGUUGAGGCAAACAUUGGUCAUGGGUAUAACCCUACAUCUGGGGUAUUCCAUGCCCCUGUCUCAGGUUACUAUCAGUUCCAGACACUUUUACAAACAGAAAGAGGUCCACGUCAAGGUACAUCUGAUUUCGGGCUGUUUUCCCAGGGCUAUGCGAAAGCAUGGCUCACCAUUCCAAUGCCUUACGCCAGUACUUCAAUGAGCGUUAUCAUUCACGUCAACAAAGCUGACCACGUGUUCGUCAAGAAGACCUUGGACAACGGUAAAUCUCCAUUAAGACAAGGGGCGUAGUC